AUGGCCAAGGUGCUGCCCACUGCCGAGUACACGGGGCCCCUGCCUUGCAGCCUCGGCAGCCCCAGUGCCAACACGACCGGUGGCCCGCCGAUCCCGCCGUGUGAGGACUUGAGGGGGAAGGUGGCGCUCGUCACAGGCGCCUCCACCGGUAUCGGCUUUGGCGCCGCCAAGCGCUUGGCUGCCGCGGGCAUGAAGGUGGUGGGCACGUCGCGCAACCCAAGCCAGUACACCAACAAUUGCACAUAUGAGGUGCCUGGCGACAGGUGCAAGCCUGCCGGUUGGGAGCUGUGGCCGAUGGAGCAGUCCUCCUACGACUCAAUAGACAACCUCGUGCGGCGCAUCAACCAGACCUACGGCCGUGUGGACCUGCUCUUCCUUAACGCGGGGCGCGGCUACGGCUCCAGCACCUACUUCCCCAAUGCCCAGGGCAGGGUGUGCAACGAGAUUGGGCAGAUGGAGCUGGUCAUGCAGACCAACUUUUGGGGCAACGUCCGCCUGCUGCUGGCCGUCCUGCCACUGAUGCCCAAGCAGGGGUACGGCCGCAUCCUGGCGACCUCCUCUGUCACCGCUUUCGUGUCUUUGCCGGGCGGCAUGCCCUACGCGGCUUCCAAGGUGUCCAUGGCCAAGCUUGCAGAGGACUGGCUGUGGGAGCACUACGACCGGCCCACCAACAUACAGUACACCACACUUUACCCGGGCAACGUGCGCACCAACGUAAUCCGCAACAGCAUCCCUGGCUGCAGGGACCAGCAGGUGACGGGGCCGGAGCUGGCGGUGUACGAGAACGCCGCGUACAAUGCAUCUUUGAACGCCUUUGCGACCGCAACUCAAGGGCAGAGCCAGUAG